AUGGCGGCUGUGAAUAAUGGUUUUAGUGCUACGCGUCAUAAACAAACUACAACUUUGAAUUGGAAAAGUAUUCUAAAGAAAUGUGAGGAUUUUUCAGGACCGGUGAAUGGAUUUAUGUUUGUUGAUUUUAAUUCUAUUAUUGAACAAACAUGCCCAAGAGACGUAUUCUUUGGAAUUGGUCAAGUCAAAAGUUAUUUUGAUGUAACCAAGCUUGAUGCAUUCAUUAAAGACUUAAGGGAGAAUCACAUUUUCGGCAAAGUUCAAGCAUAUGUUUAUACCAUUGAAUUUCAAAAGAGAGGUUUGCCGCAUAGUCAUAUAUGUCUACUUAUGCAUUCUGACAACAAGCUACCAACUGUUGAAUUUAUCGAUCCGAUAAUUUCCGCCGAGAUACCAGACAGAAUUGAAGAACCAGAAUUGUAUUCACUUGUGAAUGAGUUUAUGAUUCAUGGUCCAUCUGGAGCUGAAAAUAUCAGUUGUCCAUGCAUGGUGGAUAAAAAGUGUAGAAACGAUGGUCAUUAUGUAGAAAAAUCGGGUGUCAAGUUGGAUAAUAUAAAUGUUGUUCCAUACAACAAAUAUCUAUUGAAAAGAUAUCAGACACAUAUUAAUGUUGAAUUAUGCAAUCAGAGAUCUUCUAUAAAAUAUUUGUUUAAAUACAUAAACAAGGGUCCUGAUAGAGCGACAAUUGCUGAUGUACGAGCCAACAAUGAAUGUGAAAAUAAUGAUGUGGUCGAUGAAAUAGCUGAAUAUUACGAUUGUAGAUAUUUAUCAGCAUGUGAAGCAUCAUGGCAAAUUUUUAAAUAUGAUGUUCAUUGCAGGUUUCCUUCUGUGGUCAGAAUACCUUUUCAUCUUACUAAUCAACAACAUAUUGUAUAUGGCGAAGACGAUGAUAUUGACGAUGUUCUGGACAAACCUUCUGUUGCUGCUUCAAAGUUCACAUUUUGGAUGGAGUGUAAUGCAAUUGAUAGCGAAGCACAAGAACUUACAUAUGUUGAAUUUUCUACAAAGUUUGUGUGGAUAUUAAAUGGUCGGUUUUGGAAGCGAAGGAAAGUAGGAAAAGCCAUUGGUAGAAUUCAUUCGGUUUCACCUAAUCUUGGUGAAGCAUAUUUCUUAAGGAUUCUUUUAAAUAAAGUUAAAGGUCCGACAUCAUUUGAUGAAAUUCGCACGGUAAAUGGCGAAGCACAUUCUUCUUUUAAAGAUGCUUGUUAUGCACUCGGCCUAUUAGAUGAUGACAAGGAAUACAUCGAUGCAAUUAAAGAAGCAAGCCAUUAUGGAUCUGAUUUUUAUCUACGCUUCUUAUUUGCUACAUUGUUGAUGUGUAAUAGUAUGUCUAAACCAGAGGUCGUUUGGGAAAAUACAUGA